AUGAUAGGUAGUGAUAAUUCAUCUUCAAAUCGCCCAACUGCCCGUCGCAAAGACCCAGCAUGCGGGACAUGCCGCAAGAAGUGUCGAAAAUGCGAUCGGAAACGCCCCAUUUGCGAUAGAUGUCGCACCAAAGGCCUUCAUUGCGAAGGAUAUCCUCCUCGAUUUCAAUUUCAAGAGACAUUGACGGUGCUUCCCAAUCAAUCAAGCUCGCGAGACGUGACAGCAGAUAGCCUUGAUGCUUCGCCUUCACAGCCAGUGGUCUUGAGCGAGACACCUCCAGAAUUGUCAAUGCCAUCUAAUCCCAUCGCUGCAAGACUGUCGGCUUCACUUUCGCCUGAAUACCCUGUUGUCGAAACUUCAGCUUUGACUUUGACGUCUCCUCAAACUUCAGCGACUCUAUCGGUGUCGCCAGACGUUGUGUCCUUCACUGCCUCGCCGUCUUCAAAUAAUGACUUCGAGAACGAUAUUGCCACGAACCGAUAUAUCAUCGACUACUUUGACCAAACACUAAGCGAGCAUUUCAUAAUCCAUGUACCGGGAUUGGAUAACCCAUUCCGAGAAUAUGUUCUGCCCCUUGCCUACCAGCAUCAAGGCAUCCUCCACGCCUUACUCGGAUUAUCGUCAUGUCAUAUGUAUAACACUGGGCAUGCAAACAACCAGAGGCUCGUCACGGUAUCUCUUGGGUACAGACUAUCAGCGAUACGAUAUCUUGCUUCUCUGCUACACAAAGAAGACACCUCACGACUGACCCCCACUGAGGAGGAAUAUGUUCUGGCCAUGGUGCUACUUCUCGUUCUGCAUGAUGUCUGUGAAUCAGGCGUCUCAACCCAUGGAGCUCACCUGACAGGUGUAUCGUUCCUCUGCAAACGGAUCGCUUGCUUGGAUACCUCGCCCGGGCGUUCGAAAACAGCCAUGUUUCUUAUUUCCGCAUUAUCCUGGCUGGAUAUGCUGCGAGGCUUUAGUGGUGCUGAAAAGCUGUCCUACUCCACCGAGGUACGAGAAUGUGUGAGAGAUCACGGAAGUUUAAGCCUUCACACGUUAGUUGGCUGUCCGCCAGUCAUGUUCUUCAAAAUUGGCCAGGUACUCGAGGCAGGUAAAGCUUACUUGGCUGGAGACCUGCCAGUUGAACAGUUUGAGCAAUUACUCGACGGAGCUGAGAAGUUCUUCCGCGGCUGGGAUCCCGAUCAAGCCGUGUAUCCCACCAACCACCAGGAAUGGCGACAUCUUGCCGAGGCAUACAGGCACGCAUGCUUGCUCCGCGUGAUGCGAUUUCCCGAUGCUUUUGCAAUCUCAUGCGACGAUCCUCAAAUCAAAGCCUCCGUCUCCGCAGUUCUCGAUGUUUGUGCUACGAUACCAAGAGACAGCGUAUUUUACAAGCGUCUACUAUUUCCGCUGUUCCUAGCUGGAGCAGAUACGUGCUCCCCACAUCAGAUACACUACGCAAGCUGGUGUAUCAACGAAAUCAAGCACUCCACGGGCUCCCAACACCCAGCUAUGACCGAACUCUUAACCAAGGUUUGGGAAGAACGUCGGACGAAUCCUCGUGGAUGGUCAAAUGUUCCCUGGAUGGAAUUUACUUGUUCCGAGCUUCUUCGUUCUCAACAUGCAUACCUCUUCUUUUGA